AUGAACACGAAGACUAAAAAAAUGUUUGCCCAACUCAAAAAAUUGCGUGGAAAACCUACAAUUCCGUUUAAGAAACAGGCUCCUGUCAAUAAAAAUAAGUGUUUGAGUGACAAUCCUAAAAUUGAAUCCAAUAUUAAAACUACAGCAAAAGACAUGCCUAAGCGUUCGUACCGCAAAUCUACUCGAUCCAAUGCAGUUUCAGUAGAAAACUAUGAACCGCUCGCCAAAGAAAUAAUAGAAAAAAUUGACCGAUCACGUGCAUCUUAUUGGAAGGACCCUCACGAAAUACUCGUAGAACUGUUUUCAACACAAUUUGACGAAUCAUCUACGAAAAGAAAUGUCGAACAUGACGAUGAGACUUAUGUAGUUGAACGUCAAAAAAGUUACGAAAAUAUGGAUAUACAUCCUACUAAUUCGGUUAAGUCGACUGAACUAUGUAAUAGUUCACAAUCGUUGAAAAGGGCAAAUACAUUUGAUGGAUAUGAGCCACCAAAGAGAAAAUAG